CUCUCUCAUUCCAUCCCAGAAGCCCAAUCCAGUUAAACUAGUCACAAAUACCUUUGCACUUGACCCUAAUGCCUUUCCACCGAUUUUAUUGUUCGCCCAACCUUUACACCACGGAGGAAAAGCGUGCUAUCGCUCAAGCUGUUACCAAGUUCUACUCCUUCCUGCCUCCAUUCCUUGUCAUCGUGAACUUCAUUGAUGUAGAGAAAGACAAUUUCUAUGUCAGUGGCGAGCCGAAUGAUAAGUAUUUGAGGAUCAAUGUGACGCAAUCCGCUAACCCAGUACCGGAUCGCGCCUGGGUAGAAUCAUGGGAAAAGGCCAUAGAACCGUUCACCAAAGGCAAAGGCAUCGACUAUGAAUUGCAGAUGUCCAAUGAAGAUCCUUUGCUUUGGAGCGUGAAUGGCUUGAGUGUACCGCCGUUCCUCUCUGAAGAUUUUAUGACGUGGAAAAAGCUCAACAGGCCAGUCGCAUGGAAACACUCCGCUGACGAGACGGGUUCGAAGGCAGAACAGUAGCCUACCACAGAAAGUAUUGUCAGAUAGCAUUUGUGGCUGGGCAGCCAAGUAGUUCAUGCCAAACAUUAUGUUUAAACCUCGGCAUAGCCUGACUGGCCCGCCGUCGGUCCACAAAGAUAUACAAUAGAGCUUAUUAGCAG